AGAACGGCGGCCUUUAUUUAAGCAUUUAAAAACCUAAAUACUUAAGUGUUUCAAAUAAAAAUAAAAUGAAAUAAAAAAUAUAUUAAAAUUAAAAUAAUAAAGAAAAAUGUUUAUGUUUCUUUUUAAAAAAGCAAGCUCGGAAAACCACGACAUUAUUGGCGCAGUCGAUAAACACACGGUAAAGUGUAUUUAAUGUUCGAUUAAGAAAAAAAAAAAAAAACACACGGAAAGUGUAGGUAUUUGAAUAUUCGAUUAAGAAAUGAACACGAAAAAGUGUACGUUAAUCUUCGAUUAAGAAAAAACGCACGAAAAAGUUGUUACGGUAAAAUUUACCGCAACAAAAACCAGCUUUCGCUGCUUUCCUUUCCCCGUUCUCUUUUCGUUGCGGCUGCAAAAUACUGGCGAAGUUGAGGGCAACCUUGGUUCCAUCAGCCAUUGGUGUACCCAGCCAGCGUUUUGCAAAAGCGACAAAAACAGGUGUUCGUGUUUAAAGUUCGAGUUGGACAGAUGGUCCUAUAAAUGUCUCUUUGAAAAUGCCAGCGGAUGAGCUGAAGAAGUAAGGAGUCAAGAGGACUCUUACUUACAACACAACAUAAACAUUAACAUCAAUGUGAACAUCAACAUAAACAUUAACAUCAAAUAGUAAUUUAAUCUUAACGUAAAUUCUUUUAACGUAAAGUAACAUAAUUGAAAAUCUUGUAUAUGUAUGUAAGCAAAAUGGGUCUUUAACGCGCUUAAAUUUUUAGUUUAGUUCAAAGAAAAGACUUAUCGGAAUAAUGGGUUUGAGUUUGGGAAAUGCCUUCCUCCUUUCUUCUCGAAAAGUUUGAUUUUAGAUUUUUGUUCGCUCUUCGAAUCACACGCGAAUGUUUUAUGGUUAACUGGGAGAAUGCUCAGCGAAAGCUUUUUCUCGGUUUUAAUUCUUUUUAUUUUCCUCGUAGAAAGUAGUUGGGUUUGGGUCUGAACUCGGCCAUUUAGUUUCGGCAAGUUUUGGAAGACCUCCAACAACUUGCUGAAUCCGUGUUUGUGUGUGUGAGAGUAAAGUUUCGUUGAGACUCAACAACGGUGGCUUUCCUUAAGAGAAGCAGAGAAGCUUCCAGGAAGCCGGGAAUCCGUGACCGACGAUCACGAAAAUGAUUGACUGGAUGUAUGUAUGUGUGAGAGAAUGGAAUGGUCGAGGGAGGAAUGUAAUGAUGGGGAUUUAGCUUGGAAGUUUACUUUUUGGUGAGCUUACCAAGCGACAAGUUGAGAAAUUUUUCGAGGAAAAGAAAAAGAGGAAGAAAAAUUGAGGGAAAGUCUUGCGAUAAGAAUUGUAAUCGAGGAAACAAUUUUUGGAGAAAAUUUUAAGGUGUUUCGAGGAGCGAAGGAAAUUGGGAAAAUUUUCGAGGAAGUUUAGGAGGCGAGAGGAACAGGCAUAAAGAUAAGUAGAGUAAAAAAAAAAAAAUAAAAAAAAUUAAAUUGCGAAGAAGCAAUUUGAUUUUUUUUAAUUUAUACAUAUAUAAAGUGGUUUAAAUUCCGAUAGUUUUUUUUAUUCGUGCUAUAAUUUCGAGAUCUAUCCCAAUAAUUUGUGGGACGCGGUAUUUUUCUUAAAACGUUUGUUAACGGCCCAUUUGCGGUUUUAAUUUUAACUUUUCAUUUUAUUUUAACAUUAUUUUUUUGGCUAGCGGUUUACCGCAAGCCUCUUUAAACUGUUGUAAUCUUUACUUAUAUAUAUUUUAAAAAAUUUGGUUUUUAAUCCAGGGGUUUUUAAUCCCACGGUUUUUAUCAAAUUAAAAAUAAUUUAAAUUUAAACAAAUCUUGGUUCUUUUCAUUUUUCUUAUUGGUUCUCUUGAUUAAUUAGUUUUGGAAUUUUUGCUAAUUUUAUUGGUCAUAAAAAAAAUUCCUGGCGCCCAUUUUUUAUUACAAGUACCCCACUGUGCCUGUAAUAAAAUCUUUUUUUACUUAAUAAAUUGAUUGAAUCUACAAUCAAUCAAAUUUAUCAAAUCAUUAAAAUUCUUCUAUCACUGAACCCAGCCCAGCUGAACGUGUGUGGAACUGGUGGAAGGAUUUGUGUUUUUAUUUUGUGUGGUUUGGAUUUAGUAUCGUGAAUAAUUAAAGUUGAAUAACAAUUGUUCUAAAUAAGAAUUUGAAGCUUGAAGGUGUUUGGUGAAGGAGAAAUAGAAGGGAACGUACAUACAUACAUAUUAAAACAAAAACAUAACACAGAGUGGAGAAGUAGCUGGGUAACAGCAAGUAUAAUUUUUUUUUGUUUUAUAUCAAUUACAUUGCUUUUAUAUUAUUUCAAUUUUUAUUCUAUUUACCUACCUUAUUUUAUCAUUCAUUUAAAACCUAUCAUAACAUAUUUUUCAUACAUACAUAUUUACAUACAUUUAUUUCGCGUCAUUCAUAGUUUACCGGUUUUAAUUUUUUUUUGUUCUCUAAAUUGCAUUUGGUGGUUGAUUACAUUUUUUUUGUUAGUGCUUUGCUCUCCCACUCAUUUAGUCGUCAUCAUAGAUUUGUUUGAUAGUUGUUUUGAGUGCUUUUCGUUUUCACUCUUUAUUAAUAUAUUUGAGUGAAAAUAGUCAGGGGUGACCAACCUACGUACUGCGGGUGUAAUAUUUUUUUUUGAUUAAAGUGUAGACUUUUCAAUUAAAAUUUUUUUUUAAUUAAUUAAUUUUAAUUCAUUUAUUGUUCUUAAUAAAUAAAUUAUAUUGUAGGGUUGCCAACUAUAGUUAUUAUUGGUUUUUAACUUAUUUUAAAUUUUUUUGUUUUUUCGAGAUUUUAAGUUGUGGUUUGGACUCUGGUUAACAGAAUAUUCCAACCAAUUGUCAACAACAAUUUUUAAGUUGGCUUGAAAAAUUGCAGGGCUACCAUUUUUUUUUAAUUUUUUUUAGUUUUUUUAAAUUUUUUUUUAAAUUUUAAGAUUAAAGUGUAGAUUUUUUUAAUUAAAAUUCGUUUAAUUAAUUAAUUUUAAUUAAUUUAUUAAUCUUAAUAAAUAAAUUAUAUUGUAGGGUUGCCAACUAUCUGUUUUUUUUUGUUUUUUAAUUUUUUUUUAAUUUUUUUUUUGGUUUUAAAGAUUUAAAUUCGUGGUUGGAGUCUGGUUAACAGAAUAUUGAAACCAUUCGUUCACAAUAAUUUUUCUUGUUCAAGGAAGCGCAGAGUUACCAUUUUUUUUAUUUUUUUAAUUUUUUUAAAAAUUUUUUUAAACUUUUUUUAACUUUUUUAAAUACUUUUUUAAGAAAAUUCAAUAUGAAUAUAGGACGUUUAGCUCAAGAUGAACUGGCCUACGAGAUGAAGGUCAGAGGUUUGAAAGUAGGGACGGUCGAAGAGAUGCGUAAGGCAUUAAGGUCAUCGAGGUUGCUCAUUAAGAGGAACUCGAUGGAAAUGAGCCAGGUUUAUCCCUUCACUUACGAAGAGGAUCGCGAUGCUGUUAAGGCAAAAAUACAGGAGAUUAGGGACCUUCUUAAAGUACCUCCGAAGAAUCCAAAAUCUUCGGAGUACAUUAAGAUUGUAACGAAGAUUGAAUGGUGUAUAGGUAGGUUAGCUAGGACACCUUGUGAAGCCGAGGAGGAAGUUGAUGAGAUCAGCUCACUCCGAAAUGAAGUUUUGUGUUUGUUGGGAGAUCUCACUGGGGAUAGUGAGAAUAGUGAAAGGGAAGAAGAGUCACCGAAGAAGAAAACUCCAGCUAGGUUAGAAAACCAACUAAAGGUACCGACACCAGUUGGUCAGACUAAUGGUUCUAGUCCAAAGUCUGCAGUAGUUUCUAGUGUGGGACGAACAAAUUUAGGGCCUAUUUUAGCUGCAGUUGCUGAUCCAAGGGAUGGUGUCAGCAGUCCUCAAGUAAAAGAUGUGGUGGUUAGGGUUCCUGAAAAUAAUGCUAGGGUUGAAACUCGUUCGGAACGGAUUUUUGUUCAACAAAAAUGCCCAGAACGAAUAGGAAAAUGGGGGGUGAAAUUUACUGGUGACUCGGACGGAGCAUCAGUGAAUUCAUUCCUGGAGAGAGUGGAGGAACUUCGCUUGGCUAACGAUGUUCCAGAAUCCCACCUUUUCAAAUCCGCUUCGGAGCUUUUAACUGGUAGGGCGUUAAUGUGGUUUAGAACAGUUAGGGAAGAUAUUGAGAAUUGGUCAGAACUCGUCAAGGAACUCAAGGCGGAGUUCCUUCCUGCAAAUUACGAUGAUCUUUUACUCGAAGAGAUCAAUCGUCGUUCGCAGGGAAAGGAUGAAACUUUCGGCGCCUAUCUUUCUACGAUGAGGACAUUGUUUCGAAGAUUGUCGGAACCUUUGUCAGAGGGAAGAAUGCUCGCUAUUUUGAAGAAAAAUGUAGACCCCUUUUUCCAACUGCAGAUUGCUAGUUCCAAACCACGGACCGUGAAGGAACUUGCAAUAUUAGGUAGGGAGUUAGAUACCCUGAAAGUGAAUGUGGACACUUUCACCCCACCCUCUAGAAGCAGGAAUUUGUUAGAACCAGAGUGUGGUUAUCAGCCGAGUUCUUCUGCACAUCAUCGAGUGGCAGCUGUUGUCCCAGCUCCAACUCCUACUCCAACUUCUAAUAAUCCAUUUCGUCGGGCAGUUAUGUGUUUUAACUGUAACAGGGAAGGCCAUUUAGCUCAGAACUGUUCAGUUCAAAAACGUUGUUUUGGUUGUGGGGCAGUGGGGGUAAAUCGUAGGGAUUGUAGAAAAUGUUCGGGAAAUGGGAAUCGGGCUCUUGUGUUAGCUGGACAGGAGACCCGUCGGUCGGCGUUAAUCAAGUCGUCUGUUGGCAGCCAACAGAAUGAUGGGGUUCAUUUAAGUUUCACGUUAGCGGCAAAUGGUAGGGACAGUAGACCAUAUUUGGGGGUUAAUAUUUAUGGAAUCAAGUUUUUGGGAUUGCUUGAUUCAGGAGCUUCACGCACCAUUGUAGGAGGGGAUGGGUGGAAAAUUUUAAAAGAGUUAGGACUCAAAUUGGGAAAAAGUAGUGUUGGGUCAGUAUCGUUAACAGAUGGGGCGGGUGUAGGAGUAGCUGGAUCUAUUUCUUUACCUAUUGAGGUUGAAAAUAGAUCACUAUUAAUAGAAUGUCUGGUUAUACCGAAUCUCCCACACCUGUUGAUCUUGGGUGCUGAUUUUUGGGCACUCUCGGGUAUCGUUCCGGAUUUAAGAUCAGGUAUUUGGAGUUUUUCGAGCCAAGAGAUGGUGGCUUCGAUAGCAGACAACAUUGCGAUUAGGGAAAAAUCCGAUUUAAAUGAAACUGAAAGUAGGGAAUUAGAAUUAGUUUUAGAGGAACUUUUUAAAUCAAUGACCGAAGGAUUAGGGUGCACCAAUUUAGUUGAGCACAAAAUUAGAACAUCCGCAGAACCAAUUAAGCAACGUUAUUACCCUGUUUCGCCGGCGAUUCAGAAACAUAUAGAUAAGGAGCUUCAGGAAAUGUUAGAAGCUGGGGUGAUCGAAAAAUCAAAGAGUCCUUGGGCAUCUCCGAUUCUUCUUGUAAAGAAGAAGGAUGGUAGUUUUCGGUUUUGUGUUGACUAUAGGAAAUUAAAUGAAGUUACUGACAGGGAUGCUUAUCCACUCCCCUUUAUCUCAGCGAUUUUGGACAAACUUCGAAACGCGAAGUAUUUGUCUUCAUUAGACAUUAAGUCUGCAUACUGGCAGAUACCUGUAGAAGAAGAGUCGCGGAAAUACACUGCCUUUACUGUACCGGGAAGAGGUCUUUUCCAAUUUCGCAGAAUGCCUUUCGGCCUCCAUAAUUCUCCGGCUACAUGGCAGAGAUUUAUUGAUGAUGUUUUAGGUCCCGAUUUAGAACCCUUCGUUUUCGUUUAUUUAGAUGACAUCAUCAUCGUCACUGAUUCGUUUGAAAAACACAUUGAAAUUCUCAAAGAAGUUUUUAAAAGAUUAGGAGAAGCGGGUUUAAAAGUAGGUAGGGAAAAAUGUAACUUUUGUAGACCGUCUUUAAAAUUUCUUGGUUACGUCGUAGAUAGGAACGGACUUCACGUAGACCCCGAAAAAGUGGAAAGCAUGUUGAGGAUUCCCCCACCCAAAAAUCAGAAGGAAGUUAGAAGUUUUGUAGGGACUAUUUCUUGGUAUCGAAGAUUCGUGCCAAAUUUUGCAAUUUUAGUUAGACCACUUACCGAUCUCUUAAAGAACGGUAAGAAAUUUGAAUGAACCAACGAAUGUGAGGAAAGUUUUAGGAAAGCCAAAGAGUGUUUGGUUACGGCACCGAUCCUAACAUGUCCGGAUUUUUCUCUGCCGUUUGUUGUUCAAACAGACGCGUCAGAUUUUGGUAUCGGGGCCGUACUUAGUCAGCAAUUUAAGGAUGGCGAAAAAGCCAUCUGUUAUUUAAGUCGGUCAUUGAAUAGGAAUGAGAGGAACUACUCUACAACUGAAAAAGAGUGUUUGGCAGUUCUUUGGGCGAUUGAAAAGUUGCGGCCGUAUCUCGAAGGUGUUCGAUUUACAGUAGUAACUGAUCAUCACUCAUUGGUCUGGUUAAGCAAUCUCAAGGAUCCACAAGGUAGAUUAGCACGUUGGGCCAUUCGGCUCCAACAAUUUGAUUUCAAGAUUAUCCAUAGGAAGGGAAAAGAACAUGUCGUUCCGGAUAAGUUAUCGCGAGGUGUCCCAGAAUUAGCGGAGACCACAGGUGCGGAUUUAGACCCUUGGGUAGUCAAAAUGAAAUCACUAGUAGAAAAGAGUCCAUUAGCCUACCCAUCUUGGAGAGUGGAAGAUGGUCGGCUCUAUAAACAUGUUAGGGUUAAUCAUAUUGUAGUUCACGAAGAAAGUGAGGGGUGGAAAUUGGUGAUAGGUAAACAAGAUAGAGCAAAAAUUCUUAACGAGUGUCAUGAUGCUCCGCUUUCAGGACACAUGGGCGUUAAGAAAACUUUUGCUAGAGCAGCGGAAAAAUAUUACUGGCCCAAAAUGGGGGGGGAUAUAACAAAAUAUGUUAGGAAUUGUAAAAUUUGCCAAAAAGUGAAACCGGUGAACGAGAAACCAGCUGGUCUUAUGACGGAGAGGGUAGGGAAUUCUAAACCAUGGGAAAUGAUAUGUGUGGACUUGGUGGGUCCAUUGCCAAAGUCGUCGAAGGGUUUUAUGUACAUUUUAACAGUGGUAGAUUACUUUACCAAGUUUCCACUUUUGUUUGCGUUGCGGACGGCAACGGCAAAAGCAGUGUGUAGGGAAUUGGAAGAAAACGUUUUUCUUCUCUUCGGGGUUCCAAAGUGGAUCGUCUGUGACAACGGUCCCCAGUUUCGUAGCAAGGAACUGAAAGCGCUGAGUGAAGCGUACGGGUCACAACUUCGUUAUACAGCGCACUAUCAUCCCCAAGCUAAUCCUGCGGAGCGCAUCAACCAAAUCAUCAAGACAACUCUACGAGCUUAUGUGUCAGAGAACCAUCGGAGUUGGGAUUCGCAACUGGCAAAAGUGGCCUGUGCAAUUCGAACUUCGCAUCAUGAGGUUUUGGGAGUUUCGCCAUACUUUGCGAAUUUUGGUAGGAACAUGGCAACUAGUGGCCAUGACGUAGGGCUUAGAGUUGGUGAUAGGGACCAAAGUGGGGAAGAAAUUGAUAGGCAGUUUAGAAAGUUGAGAGAAGAUAUAGCUAAGAAAUUGGAAGCGGCGGGCAAGAAGGCCGCAAAAACCUACAACCUUCGAAGAAGAGACACGCAGUAUCAACCUGGCGAUCUCGUGUGGAGAAGAAAUUUUACGCUGUCUGAUGCAGCAAAUUAUUAUGCGGCGAAAUUGGCUACCAAAUUUGUUGGUCCAUUUUGCAUAAGUAAGCGAGUGUCACCUUGGACAUAUUUGCUUGUGGAUGAAAGGGGUAAAGAUCGGGGGACAUGGCACGUAAAGGAUUUAAAGCCUUACAUUGACGGCUGAGCCAAAAAGUCCCUUAAUCUUUUUACUAAUUUUGCUUUUAAAUAUUUUUUUAUAAUUUAUAUUGGAUUUUCAAUUUUAGUUUUCAUAAUUCGUGCCAUUCUAAUAAUCUUGUUUAUUUUCUUUUUUUAUUAAAUGUUUUAAUGAUGGAUACCCAAUGUUGUGUUGUUCACCUUAAUCCAAGUCUCUCUUUAAGAAAUGGUUUACUUUUCUUGAAAAGUAAGCACAUUUCUUGGGAGGUAAGGGUGGAGUUUGUUACGGUAAAAUUUACCGCAACAAAAACGUUCUCUUUUCGUUGCGGCUGCAAAAUACUGGCGAAGUUGAGGGCAACCUUGGUUCCAUCAGCCAUUGGUGUACCUAGCCAGCGUUUUGCAAAAGCGACAAAAACAGGUGUUCGUGUUUAAAGUUCGAGUUGGACAGAUGGUCCUAUAAAUGUCUCUUUGAAAAUGCCAGCGGAUGAGCUGAAGAAGUAAGGAGUCAAGAGGACUCUUACUUACAACACAACAUAAACAUUAACAUCAAUGUGAACAUCAACAUAAACAUUAACAUCAAAUAGUAAUUUAAUCUUAACGUAAAUUCUUUUAACGUAAAGUAACAUAAUUGAAAAUCUUGUAUAUGUAUGUAAGCAAAAUGGGUCUUUAACGCGCUUAAAUUUUUAGUUUAGUUCAAAGAAAAGACUUAUCGGAAUAAUGGGUUUGAGUUUGGGAAAUGCCUUCCUCCUUUCUUCUCGAAAAGUUUGAUUUUAGAUUUUUGUUCGCUCUUCGAAUCACACGCGAAUGUUUUAUGGUUAACUGGGAGAAUGCUCAGCGAAAGCUUUUUCUCGGUUUUAAUUCUUUUUAUUUUCCUCGUAGAAAGUAGUUGGGUUUGGGUCUGAACUCGGCCAUUUAGUUUCGGCAAGUUUUGGAAGACCUCCAACAACUUGCUGAAUCCGUGUUUGUGUGUGUGAGAGUAAAGUUUCGUUGAGACUCAACAACGGUGGCUUUCCUUAAGAGAAGCAGAGAAGCUUCCAGGAAGCCGGGAAUCCGUGACCGACGAUCACGAAAAUGAUUGACUGGAUGUAUGUAUGUGUGAGAGAAUGGAAUGGUCGAGGGAGGAAUGUAAUGAUGGGGAUUUAGCUUGGAAGUUUACUUUUUGGUGAGCUUACCAAGCGACAAGUUGAGAAAUUUUUCGAGGAAAAGAAAAAGAGGAAGAAAAAUUGAGGGAAAGUCUUGCGAUAAGAAUUGUAAUCGAGGAAACAAUUUUUGGAGAAAAUUUUAAGGUGUUUCGAGGAGCGAAGGAAAUUGGGAAAAUUUUCGAGGAAGUUUAGGAGGCGAGAGGAACAGGCAUAAAGAUAAGUAGACAGGGUUCGGACUUCAGUUUCAAAAUUUCGAAGCAAAUUUGAAAAAAAAGUGAAGUAGAUCCAAAAUUUCGGAAGUAGAUUUCAACAUUAAACUUUCAGAACAUUUAUUUCCAAAAAUUUAUUCAAAAAAAAUUAUUUUUCAACAAAAUUAUUUUUCUUUACUUUUUUAUUAUGAUCUUUUCCAAAAGAUGUAACGGUGCUUUAGGGUAAAACGGUUAAUUCAGAAUAAUCUAACAAAUUUUUGAUCCGGAAUUCUUCAAAAUCAGUUAAAAUUACUUUGACAAACUUUAUUUCUAUCUUGAAUUCGAAGAAUAAUUGGCCUCCAUUCAUCUUUUGAGAUAUCAGUUGAGCUUUAUUUCUCAAUGCCUCGACCAGAUUUAAAAUUGAAGUUAAAUCCCUUUCUCUAAAAAUUUAUUACUUGAAAAAUAUUUUUCAAUUAAGAAAUAGAAGUAGAUCCUGAAAAAGAGAAGUAGGGAAGUAGAUUUUAUUUUUUGCCCAAAAUCGAAGUAAAUCUACUUCGAUCGAAGUAAAGUCCGAACCCUGUAAGCAGAGUAAAAAAAAAAAAAUAAAAAAAAUUAAAUUGCGAAAAAGCAAUUUGAUUUUUUUUAAUUUAUACAUAUAUAAAGUGGUUUAAAUUCCGAUAGUUUUUUUUUAUUCGUGCUAUAAUUUCGAGAUCUAUCCCAAUAAUUUGUGGGACGCGGUAUUUUUCUUAAAACGUUUGUUAACGGCCCAUUUGCGGUUUUAAUUUUAACUUUUCAUUUUAUUUUAACAUUAUUUUUUUGGCUAGCGGUUUACCGCAAGCCUCUUUAAACUGUUGUAAUCUUUACUUAUAUAUAUUUUAAAAAAUUUGGUUUUUAAUCCAGGGGUUUUUAAUCCCACGGUUUUUAUCCAAUUAAAAAUAAUUUAAAUUUAAACAAAUCUUGGUUCUUUUCAUUUUUCUUAUUGGUUCUCUUGAUUAAUUAGUUUUGGAAUUUUUGCUAAUUUUAUUGGUCAUAAAAAAAAUUCCUGGCGCCCAUUUUUUAUUACAAGUACCCCACUGUGCUUGUAAUAAAAUCUUUUUUUACUUAAUAAAUUGAUUGAAUCUACAAUCAAUCAAAUUUAUCAAAUCAUUAAAAUUCUUCUAUCACUGAACCCAGCCCAGCUGAGCAGUCGUGGUGGUAGCUUUUAUUAACGAGCUACUUGUUGCACUUUUUUUAUAUUCUCUUUUGUUCUCGCGUUCGUGUUAAAUUCAGCUGUCAAACAUAAGUCAUUCGCGUUUUAAACUUUCGUCGCAUCGGUGCGUAAAUAAUUGCAAUUUUAUUUAUUUGGAUUUUCGAAAAAUCCUCGCGGUUUUUAAGUUCGUUAUAAAUUAUAAAAUUAGUAAAUAAAACAUAAAAUUUGAAAUAAAAAAAAAGUUCAUAAAUAACCCCCAGAAAAAGUGCAACAAAGUGUAUGUUAAUGUUCGAUUGAGAAAAAAAAAACACGCGAAAAAGUGGUUUUUAGUGUUCGAUAAAAACAAACUCUAUCAAAAUUAAUAACAAUAGAAAUAGAAUCUUUGAUAACAUAAGAGCUAACAGGAUGGCCCAGCUCAAUGUUGAACAGUGCCUAGCCGCACUCACAGAAAUCAUACAACAAAACAACAGACCAUCCAGCACAAGAGCGCGUAUAGAGAAAGACAUUAGAUUUCUAGAAACAUUCAAAGGCGAUAAAGGAACUUUGCCUUCAUUCGUAAGUUCUGUCAACAAAAUCCUCAGUGACUAUCAGGAGGAAGAAAGAUAAACAGUAUACGAAAUAAUAUACGAUACCAAAAUUCAAGGAGCAGCAAAGAAUUUGAUGUACUACAACCCACCAACAACAUGGAUCCAAUGCCUGGAAAAGCUGCGAAAACAUUUCCGACCAACAAGGGAUGAGAUGAGUAAAACAAAAGACAUUGGAUUACUCAAUGUAAGUUCAAUUUAUGAUUUAGACAAAAAAUUAAAAAAGCUUAUAGAAAAUAUCUCAGAAUUUUCCACAUUUUCCGAAAACGGUCUUCAAAUGACCAUGAUUUUUAAUAAUAUGUUGAUUCAGAAAGUCAAAGAAUUAGUAGCUGGCUCACUAGCAUUUGCAAUAAUUAACGUAUACGACAUUUCUGAUAUUAGAGACAUUAUAAGUAAAUUUGUAGGACACGAUCAGGGAAAUUUAAAAAUAUCUGAACCUUACCACCAAAACAAUUCAGGUUAUCCUAGACAAAAUUAUAGACCCAAUAAUUUUAGUUAUCAGAAUAAUAACUUCCAUAACAAUCCCAACAUAUCUGGUCAACGCAAUUCAAACCCUUCAAGUACAUUUAAUAAUAACAAUCCCAACAGAUUUGGUCAACGCAUUUCAAAUUCAAAUUCUUCAGGUACAUUUAAUCAUAACAAUUCUAACAGAUCUGGUCAGCACAAUUUUAACAAUAGGUAUAAUCAAAACAAUGCAGGUAACAACUCUUAUAAUUACCCCACUAAUUCCAAUCGAUCCGGGCAGAAUAGAAAUAAUUACUCAAACAAUUAUAGAAAUCCAGAACCAAUGGACACCCUUUCUGCCUCGUUCCAAAGGCAAAUCAACUUACAAGACUCGGAUUUUCGCGAAACCAGCCCUCCGGUAGAUUACCCUAUAUAGUCGUAGAGACUAAUAUCA